GUAAUUAGAAAGGAGGGGGCCAUGGAUUCAUGCAGCACCUUCAAGAGCUGUGGCAAGGCAGAGAAGAAAUUAGAAGAGCAGGACUUUUGCCGGAAGACCCGAAAUCGUAUCGUGGUCAUCUCAAUCUCUAUGGUCCUGCUGAUCUCACUUAUAGUUGGCAUUGCAGUCGGGGUCUCACCACCGGGGAGGAGGAGCACUGGGUCCGGAGAAAAUCCACCGAGCUACUCUGCGGAUUAUACUUCAAUCAGUUCCAUGUGCAACGUGACCCUGUACCCGAACUCGUGCUUCUCAAGCAUCAGUUCUGUGGGGGGCUCAUCAAACGUUCCGGCCCAUCUGAACCUGGAAGGGGUGUUCAAGCUCUCUCUUCAAGUUGCACUCGGUGAGCUUGUGAACGUCUCUUCCUUGCCGAGGAGGCUCAUGUCCUCCACGGACAACUACAAUGUAAGCUUCAACUCCAGCGAUCCUCUUACGGUACAAGCCUUGCAUGAUUGCGGGACACUCUUCGAUCACGCCAUCGGCCAAGUCAAGCAUUGCAUCGCAUGGAUUGAGGCGGACCUGGAAGUUGGUAAUAGCCCCUUCCCUGACACAGACAGCAUCAGGACAUGGCUCAGUACGGCAAUCACCGACCAGAAGACAUGCCAGUACGGGCUUAUGGAGGCGAGGAAUGGGUCUGAACUGGCAGAUUUCAUGAAAAUGGCGAUGAAGAACUCGAUGGAAUUCACCAGCAAUAGUUUGGCGAUCGCUUCGCAUGUACUAGCGUUACUAGGGAAUCUCAGAAUCCCGAGCACACGCAAGUUGCUUACAGCAAAAGAGCCCAAAUCAGCGGAGUGGAUCAGUAAAUUUGACUGGAGGCUAAUGCUGGCAGGGAAUCCGAAACCCGAUUUAAUCGUGGCAAAGGAUGACAGCGGGAAUUUUAGCACAAUUAGUGAAGCAUUGGCUUCAGUCCCUAAGAGGACUAGCGCAAGAACAGUGAUAUACAUUAAGAAAGGCGUAUACGUAGAGAACGUGACUGUUGGUGCGGAUCUUUGGAAUGUGAUGAUGUACGGUGACGGAAUGCGGAAGACUGUAAUCUCCGGCAGUAAGAACUAUGUCGAUGGGACUCCUACCUACUCCUCUGCGACAUUCGGUGCUGAUGGAAGAGGAUUCAUAGCGAAAGACAUAGGUUUCGAGAACACGGCUGGCCCGGAGAAAUUCCAGGCAGUGGCUCUGCGUUCUUCGGCGGAUCAAUCAGUAUUCUAUCGGUGCUUCUUCGAUGCCUAUCAAGACACACUCUUCACGCAUGCCGGGCGUCAGUUCUACCGGGAUUGCUUGAUUAUUGGAACCAUAGACUUUAUCUUCGGCAACUCGGCAGCAGUUUUCCAAAACUGCAGGAUCCAGCCCAGGCAGCCCAUGCCAGGGCAGUUCAAUGGCAUUACAGCUCAAGGAAAAUCUGACCCGAACCAGAACACCGGCAUCUCGAUCCAGCACUGUCAGAUCAGGCCCUUCGACAACCUGACCGCACAGACAUUCCUCGGCAGGCCUUGGGAGGAUUACUCUACCACGGUAUAUAUGCGGUCGGACAUCGACGGGUUCAUAAAUCCCAUGGGUUGGGCCCAGUGGAUUCCUAAUCUGGACCCGCCGAGCACCAUCUUCUACGCCGAGUAUCAGAACACCGGGCCUGGUUCCGAAAUCAGAGGAAGAGUUAGCUGGGCCGGGUUUAGGCACAAUAUUUCUGAGAAGCAAGCAGUACAAUUUAGUGUGGAAUCCUUCAUACAAGGCAAUAAGUGGCUGCCGAAGGCUAAUGUAUUAUACGAUUUAUGACCCAAAUUUGGCUUUCAGACACAUCUUUGAAAAAUAUUUUUCUUGUUCUUCGUAAUUUGCUUAUCAUAUUGAAGUAGAAAAAAGG